AUGCUCCGCCCAAACCUGUUCCGCAGGCAUCGCCUCCAAUAUGUGACCACGAGCUUUGACUGGUCCUCCCUGCCGCAGAGGCACCCCGUUGCCAACCCGACGACCCUGCCCCGCGGCACACCUCUCAAGAUCCCCGCGGUCCAGCACGACUUCGCAAGCGAUCCCAAACCCACAAAGGAGCGCCAGGAGAUCCUGGCCGGCCGACGCCGCGCCGUCCUCAAGGCUUUCGUCAAGAGCUGGAAUGCUUACAAGGACAAGGCAUGGAUGCACGACGAGCUUCGGCCCGUCUCAGGGUGGUCGAAAGACCCCUUUGGCGGCUGGGCAGCCACACUCGUCGACAGCCUCGACACGCUGUGGAUUUUGGGUCUCAAGAAAGACUUCUACGAGGCGGUUGCGGCCGUCGGCACCAUUGACUGGGAAGUCACCAAGGAGUCUGCAUGCAACUUCUUCGAGACCACGAUCCGGCACCUGGGCGGCCUGCUGAGCGCCUACGACUUGAGCGGAGAGAAGACCCUCCUGCGCAAGGCCAUUGAGCUGGGCGACAUGCUGUACGCUGCGUUCGACACGCCCACACGCAUGCCGCCGUUCUGGCUGGACUUUGAGAAGGCCAAGGCCGGGUUGCUGGUGGCCGGCACGCAUGACCCGUCGGCGUCCGUGGCCUCGUCCUCGCUCGAGUUUACCCGCCUCGCGCAGCUCACGGGCGACGACAAGUACUACGACGCCAUCGACCGGGUCACGCGGCUGCUUGAGCGCACGCAGAACAUCACGCAGCUGCCCGGCAUGUGGCCGACCUUUUUCGACUUGAGCGUCGGGCUCGAGGAGGUGCUCGAGAAGCGCACGGGUUUUACUUUCGAGCGCAUGUUCACGCUGGGGGCGCUGGCCGACUCCCUGUACGAGUAUCUCCCCAAGAUGCAUGCGCUGCUGGGCGGGCAGGAUCCCGUAUAUGAGCAGCUGUACCGUGGCGCGAUGGACGCCGUGACCAAGAACCUGCUGUUCCGGCCGAUGCUGCCCGGCCGCGAGGAUAUCCUGUUCUCGGGCACUGUCUGGAUUGAGUCGGAAGGCCCGCGCCUGGAUGCCGAGGGCCAGCACCUGACGUGUUUUGUGGGGGGCAUGUUUGGACUCGGCGGCAAGCUCUUUGGCAUCAAGGAGCACGUCACCCUGGGCGAGCGGCUCGCGCGAGGUUGCGCGUGGGCGUACAACGAGUUCCCGACCGGCGUCAUGCCAGAGAUCUUCAACAUGGUGGCGUGUCCCGGCCUGGAGGCAUGCGCAUGGGACGAAGCCAGAUUCAAGGGCUUCCGGCAGGACGACGAAGACGAAGACGCCAAGGAAGACAGUCGCGACGACAGCCUGUUCUCUGACAAGAAGAAGAAGAAGCUGCCCAAGCCCGCGCCUCUCCCGCAAGGCUUCCUCAGCGCCCGCGACACGCGCUACCUGCUCCGCCCGGAGGCCAUCGAGAGCGUGUUCCUCAUGUACCGCAUCACGGGCAAGGCUUACUACCAGGACGUCGCGUGGCGGAUGUUCGAGUCGGUCGUGGCCGCGACCGAGACCCCGCUCGCGUUCUCGGCGAUCCGGGACGUGCGCGUGCUCGACGGCGGGCUGGCGGGCGGGAGCAGGGCGGCGUUCGUGACAGGGGGCAGCAACAUGGCCGAUUCGAUGGAGAGCUUCUGGCUCGCCGAGACGCUCAAGUACUUCUACCUGGUGUUUAGCGACGAGAGAGUCGUGGACCUGGACGAGUGGGUGCUGAAUACCGAGGCGCAUCCGUUUAGGCGGCCGCGGUCAUGA